ACAAAAUCUCUUCUGACCUUCUUUUCUUCCUCGUCUGCACACCGAGAUCCUGUCCGCGAUCCAUCCUGCAAACUUUCCGAGACUAGAAUCAUCUCAAAGACAACAAUCCCACAACCGUCAAGAUGGGUAAGGACGACAAGACUCACAUCAACGUCGUGGUCAUCGGCCACGUCGACUCCGGCAAGUCGACCACCACCGGCCACUUGAUCUACAAGUGCGGAGGUAUCGACAAGCGUACCAUCGAGAAGUUCGAGAAGGAAGCCGCCGAGCUGGGUAAGGGUUCCUUCAAGUACGCCUGGGUCCUCGACAAGCUCAAGGCCGAGCGUGAGCGUGGUAUCACUAUCGACAUUGCGCUCUGGAAGUUCGAGACUCCCAAGUACUAUGUCACCGUCAUUGAUGCCCCCGGUCACCGUGACUUCAUCAAGAACAUGAUUACUGGUACCUCCCAGGCCGACUGCGCCAUUCUCAUCAUUGCCGCCGGUACUGGUGAGUUCGAGGCUGGUAUCUCCAAGGAUGGCCAGACCCGUGAGCACGCUCUGCUCGCCUACACCCUGGGUGUCAAGCAGCUCAUCGUCGCCAUCAACAAGAUGGACACCACCAAGUGGUCCGAGGACCGUUUCCACGAGAUCAUCAAGGAGACCUCCUCUUUCAUCAAGAAGGUCGGCUACAACCCCAAGACUGUUGCCUUCGUCCCCAUCUCUGGAUUCAACGGCGACAACAUGCUUGAGGCCUCCACCAACUGCCCCUGGUACAAGGGCUGGGAGAAGGAGGGCAAGGGUGGCAAGGUCACCGGCAAGACCCUGCUCGAGGCCAUUGACGCCAUCGAGCCCCCCAAGCGUCCCACCGACAAGCCCCUGCGUCUGCCCCUCCAGGAUGUCUACAAGAUUGGUGGUAUUGGAACUGUGCCCGUCGGCCGUAUCGAGACCGGUAUCAUCAAGCCCGGUAUGGUCGUCACCUUCGCCCCGGCCAACGUUACCACUGAGGUCAAGUCCGUCGAGAUGCACCACGAGCAGCUCGCUGAGGGUGUCCCCGGUGACAACGUUGGUUUCAACGUGAAGAACGUCUCCGUCAAGGAGAUCCGUCGUGGCAACGUCGCCGGUGACUCCAAGAACGACCCCCCUCUGGGCGCCGCUUCCUUCACCGCCCAGGUCAUCGUCCUCAACCACCCUGGCCAGGUCGGUGCCGGUUACGCCCCCGUCCUCGACUGCCACACUGCCCACAUCGCCUGCAAGUUCUCUGAGAUCCUCGAGAAGAUUGACCGUCGUACCGGCAAGUCUGUUGAGGCCAACCCCAAGUUCAUCAAGUCCGGUGACGCCGCCAUCGUCAAGAUGGUUCCCUCCAAGCCCAUGUGUGUUGAGGCUUUCACCGACUACCCCCCUCUGGGUCGUUUCGCCGUCCGUGACAUGCGUCAGACCGUCGCUGUCGGUGUCAUCAAGGCCGUCGAGAAGGCCGCUGCCGGUAGCGGCAAGGUCACCAAGUCCGCUGCCAAGGCCGGCAAGAAAUAAAUUGCUCCCGGCUCUGGUAUCCUCUGAAGAGCUUGAGGUCGCAAGCUCAUCACCACACCACACCUACACCUACCUCGAAAAGCGUCGCUCCGGAUUUGGUAUUUGCCGUCAGCUCAUUGCGAGCUUUGUGCAGCUGGUCACGUGGAUGACAGACAGGAGAUGGUCAGGCGGUUUCUGCGAGUACAACCAUCUCAUGCCUGGGUCGAGAUAGAGUCUUAGACGUGAUUUAGGGUCGCAGUAAUCAGGAAUUCCCUUGAGUACGAAAUUAUGCCAUGAACUAGGUGCUUGUGAAUCCUUCGACAACAGCCACUGGCUUGGUCUUGGUUGUUGCGUUGUUGCCAUAUGCUUGUCCAAUGUAAAACGUGGCUCGCCCAUCAUCGUCGGAUGACACCCAGGUGAGGUGUGGAACAUGUUAUGUGACACGGGGCAUGUGAUACAUAGUAACUCCGGGCUGACCCUGGGCCCGUUUGAACAUAGGCCAGUAUGUCUGUCCUUCACUAAAUCGGGCUGCUUCCGGCUACUGGCUCACCUUUCUGUGCUUUAGUUGCCUAAUAACAAGUAGGCUCUAGGUUUGGCCACCG